AGAUCCAGCAUUUUUACCUCUAAGUUUUGCUCAUUCCUUUUUCAACGUUCGAUAAACUUGCUCAGCUCAGUCUCCGGCCAAGGACUAGAAGAUGGCGACCGGAGGAAGAUUGCUGGCCGUCAUUCUUCUCUGGAUAGUACUUCUAUUUGCAACAUUGGCCUUUAUCCUUCAGAAUCGAUUAGGCGAUUCAGGAUUCUCAUCUGACGGCGAACCCAUCAAUUCAGAACUUAUAAAUAAGAACAAUAAAUUAGGGGAUGAUCUUGAAGAGGUUACACACAAAGUAUACUUUGAUAUUGAGAUUGGCGGCAAAUCUUCUGGUCGCAUUGUAAUUGGCCUCUUUGGAAAGACUGUCCCUAGGACUGUAGACAACUUUCGAGCUCUUUGCACUGGUGAAAAAGGAACCGGAAAAAGUGGGAAGCUUCUCAAUUACAAAGGAAGCAUAUUCCACAGGAUUAUUCCGAGUUUCAUGAUCCAAGGCGGUGAUUUCACCCGUGGUGAUGGAAGGGGUGGUGAGUCAAUUUAUGGCGACAGUUUUGCGGAUGAGAACUUUAAAUUGAAGCAUACCGAACCAGGUUUCGUGUCAAUGGCAAAUUCUGGACCAGACACGAAUGGAUCGCAAUUUUUCAUCACGACUGUGAUCACUAGCUGGUUAGAUGGGCAUCAUGUUGUAUUUGGAAAAGUAAUAUCUGGGAUGGAUAUUGUUUAUAAAAUUGAAGCUGAGGGAUCACAAAGUGGGAUUCCAAGAAAGAGAAUUUUGAUAUCAGAUAGUGGAGAACUUCCUUUGUGAUCUAGCCUUCUGUUUUCCAAGCCAUGUUGAAGGUUUGUUUUAUCAGGCUAUAUAUUAUAUGAUAUUUGGAACUUAGUGUGACAUGGAUUUAAAUCAUUACUUUGUUCACAAAUGACCAUAUCAUUGUGCUCACAGAAUCAGAAAUAUUUUCAAAUGUUCUUUACAGUUGAAGUAAAUCAAUGAAUCCAGUGAUUAUUAAUCACCAAAAAAAUUGAUUGGAAGUUCAAUUAUUCAACUAAAAUAGAAGUGAUAUUUA